AUGCGUGUCGCUGAGGACUGGACUUUGAAUGACGAACAAUCAAGAGCUUUCCAGAUAAUAGCAGAACACAGUCGACUCAGUAAUCCCGAACCAUUAAGGAUGUUCAUUGGAGGACCUGCCGGAACUGGGAAAUCGAGAGUCAUUAAUGCCUUGAAAGACUUUUUCGUCAAAAGGAACCAGACACGGCGAUUCAGACUUGCCUCUUACAUGGGAGUAGCAGCACGAAAUAUCUUGGGUAUGACGCUACAUGCAUCACUCUUGCUAAAUCAAAGGAAG